AUGUUCAUGGCAUUGCCAUCAGAGGCUCUAGGAGUUCUUGUCAACCACGAAGCUCUGGCAAAGGAUCAGGCAACGGGAUUUAGGGCUCAAGUCGCUUGGUGGAUAGUUUUCUCUAUUAUUCCUGGGCUCUGCUUUGUUCGUGCAUUUGAAGCUAACUCUGGAGCCUUGGGUUUCUCCUUGCAGCUACCAGAUGCGACAAAAUUUGCCUCGUUGCCAUCCUCAUUAUCGCAAGGGCACCCUUACAAAGUGUUUCUUCUCACUCCCGAAGCUCAUGGAGGCGCAGGACUAAUUAGACCUCAGGCUCUGUAUAAUGAGUAA